AGACGAGUUCAUUUUCUUAUCUCUUUUUGUCAAGAGUUCCAACAAAUAAACUAAAAACCACAGAAUUCUGUGACUAAAAACUUAAAAGAAAACCAAUGUUAUUAUUGUGUUGACAGUUGACAGUGACUGGCGACAUCGUGAAAGCCAACUUUGACAUUGCGUGUUGUGAACGCUAGACCCAGUGGGUGUGAAUCAGGAAAAAGUCUGUAGCAGUGAUCCCAACAUCAUAAGGAGGAUGGCUUCACAGGCUUCUGAGAAUGGUGAUCAAAGCAGAAUCACGAUGGAAUUGAUGCGUUGCACAAACUUUGCUGCCAUUAAGCACAAAGAUCAGCGGAGGAAGGACAAGGAAAAGACACCAUAUGUUAAUCAUGUCAUUGGAGUGGCCCACAUUUUAACAGCUGAAGCAGGUGUUACAGACAUUAGUGUCUUACAGGCCGCCCUGCUGCAUGACACUGUUGAGGACACGGACACCACAUUUGAAGAGCUGGAGCAAGAAUUUGGAGAACAUGUGACAAGUAUUGUAAGAGAAGUAAGUGAUGACAAGACACUCGGCAAGGCGGACAGGAAAAGGCAACAGAUUGAGCAUGCGCCUCACUCCAGCUACAAGGCCAAACUAGUAAAACUGGCGGACAAGUUGUACAACCUGCGAGAUUUGAAACGAUGCACACCUUGCGGCUGGACCUCUGCACGAGUACAAGAAUACUUUGGGUGGGCUGCGCAGGUCGUGGCUGGACUGCGGGGAACCAACCAGAACAUGGAGGACAGUCUGGACCAGCUGUUUAAGGAGUUCAAGGUGGCCUCAGGCUAGAUGAUGAUCUCACAGCCUGUUACACUGGGGGAGGUUAUGACUCGUCGCUGUCGCUGUCACCCUCACAGGUGUAAAUGGGCACUCUAAAAAUAGAUCUGAAAAAUCGUGUACUACCACCAAAGGUGGAAACCUUUCUAGGGUUGUGGGCUGGGGUGGGGGAAUGCUUCUCCGUCCCCCACACCCCACCGCCACCACCACAUUCCCUUUUUGUGGAAGGGGGUGGGGGAGAGGGAAUGCUCUCCCCUUUUCAAACUCAUUUUUAACACAUUACGCCCUAACUCGCCUGGGACCGCCCGAGAAUUCCCUUACGCGCUCCACUCUGACUCGCCGACCUAGCGUCUUUAGAAACAAAGUCUCUGGGGCCGAGAUUU